GAGAAGCUACAUCCAAGAAAUCUCAUUCCAGAGCUUUGUAGGCUGUUUUAUGGUUUAGGGUGGGUCACAGGAACUGGUGGAGGAAUCAGCUUGAAACAUGGGAAUGAAAUCUACAUUGCUCCUUCAGGAGUCCAAAAGGAAAGAAUACAGCCAGAAGAUAUGUUUGUUUGUGACAUGAAUGAGCAGGACAUCAGGGGUCCUCCACCUCACAAGAAGCUGAAGAAAAGCCAGUGCACACCUCUUUUCAUGAAUGCCUACACCAUGAGAGGGGCAGGUGCAGUGAUCCAUACUCAUUCCAAGGCUGCUGUGAUGGCCACCCUUCUUUACCCAGGGAGUGAGUUCAGAAUUACCCAUCAGGAGAUGAUAAAAGGAAUCCAGAAGUGCACUUCAGGAGGCUACUACAGAUACGAUGAUACCCUGGUGGUUCCCAUUAUUGAGAACACACCAGAAGAGAAGGAUCUCAAGGAAAGGAUGGCACGUGCCAUGGAGAUGUACCCAGACUCCUGUGCUGUGCUGGUCAGACGUCACGGGGUCUAUGUGUGGGGAGAAACAUGGGAAAAGGCCAAAACUAUGUGUGAGUGUUAUGACUACUUGUUUGAUAUUGCAGUGCAGAUGAAGCAGCAUGGGCUAGAUCCUGCAAAACAUCCAGCAGAAGAAAAUGGGAUCGUGUAAAUGCCAACAUUUCUCUUCAGGUUUGUCAUGUGAUGAUGAUGGAAGUUCCAGCUCCCACCUCACACUGCUGAAUCCAGAAGGUGGUGCUG